AUGGCGGCCUGGGGAAGGAGGCGCGCGGGGCCCGGCAGCUCCAGCGGCGGAGGAGGCGGCAGGGAGAGAAGCAUAAAUCCGUCUAAGCACAGGCUUUUCAGUGUAGGAAACUUAGGAGGUUCAGAGGCCAUAAAUGCAGCCAAGGCCAGCCGAGAGGAAUGCCAACUGGUGAGUUUCCCAGUUCAACUCUGCCUUUCUUCCCGCAGGGUCGCCUUGUCUGCCACGGACUGUUACAUAGUUCACGAAAUCUACAACGGUGAAAACGCGCAGGACCAGUUUGAGUACGAGCUGGAGCAGGCCUUGGAGGCCCAGUACAAGUACAUCGUGAUCGAGCCCACGCGCAUCGGGGACGAGACGGCCCGCUGGAUCACCGUCGGCAACUGCCUGCACAAGACGGCCGUGCUGGCGGGCACCGCCUGCCUCUUCACCCCCCUGGUGGUCCCUGCCGACUAUUCCCACUACAUCUCCUUGCCCGCCGGCGUGCUGAGCAUAGCCUGCUGCACCCUCUAUGGGAUCUCCUGGCAGUUCGACCCCUGCUGCAAGUACCAAGUGGAGUACAACGCCUAUAAACUCUCCCGCCUGCCCCUGCACACGCUCACCUCCUCCACUCCCGUGGUUCUGGUGCGGAAGGAUGACCUGCACAGAAAGAGACUGCAUAACACGAUAGCCCUGGCUGCCCUGGUGUACUGUGUAAAGAAGAUUUAUGAACUCUACGCCGUAUGAUUGUGCAGCCGGGGGAAAGGA